CCAACCCAAAUGUGAUUUAUAUUUUUAAAUCUCUUUGUCAAAUAUUUUUAUUUCAAGAUAAAAAUUCCAAGGAGAAAAUGCCUUCCAAGCAUUUUUAUUCGGAAUCCACGGAUAAGAAGACGCCAAGGGAUACUUUAAAACCUACCUUAAAAAUAAAUAAAGAUUCUGAAAAAGCUCUAAGGAAACUUGAAACUGCCAAAGGAAUUUCAAAAGAUAAGGGCAGUGUUAAAGAUUGUUUACGUUCAAAAGAAAGUACCCCAUUUCAAUUAUUAAUGGCGGAAUUAAAAAACACGAACAUUAAUGGCCAUUGCAACAACGAAGUCGGCAGAACUCGUUAUCCAGUGCCUAACCUUCCGGCAGAAAUCGACCCUCAAAACAUGACAUUUGGACAAAUACGUAAACCUGAUGGAACUGUAGCGGAAGCUAUAAACCCAAUUGUUGAUCUCAACUUUGAUACUGAAAAAGAUUCGGCCGAACACAGAAUGUAUCUUAAAAGUCAUAAAGAUUAUUAUCCUUCUGAACAAAUUAACCGAGCAUACGAGAUUCCUUUCAAUAAGUUUAAUCGAUUUGGGAAACCAACUGGCGGAAGUUGGGAAGGAAAACGAAUCAAAAAAUUAAUGCACUGGAUUAAUACAGAUCCGGUGUCGAAAGUCAGUUGCCUUCAAGCAGAUUUUUAUAAUUAUGCACAACCUCGAGUCGGAGAAAUCAAAAAUGCCAAGGUUGCAAGUCUCUUAAUAAAUUGUACCUUUGGAGAAAGAAGUGAUAAGAAACACUUGGGCGUUUCAGAAACUUUAAAGGAAUGUCUUCCAAUCAAUCCACAAUUGUCCAUAGUUACAAAGUACCUCGAAGACGUAAACAAAUUACGAAAUAUUUUGAAGAAACGAAGAAUUUUAUUUUCUCAUGUUGAACAGGAAUUAAAUAACUUGGAUAAAGAAAAUUUAAGUUUAGUGAAUAUUAAUGAACUUUUUGCUGUACUAACAAAAUUUAGGGUAUUUCCGAAAAGACAAUUUUUUUGUGAAUUGUUAAAGAUGUUAAAAAUUUCUGAAAAUGACCGAGUAAAUUACAAGGAAGCAAUCAAUUUAUUAAACUGGAAAUGCGAUUUUCCAGAAAUUCCAAAAUUAGAAGUAUUGGAAUCUAAUUACUAUUUAACCACUUAUAAUGACACUAUAGGCAAUAUUCAAACAAAUCCCGAUUCAGUUAAAGAAUGUAUAAAAGAGUCACCUGGAAAAAAUCUUCAAUCAAAUAUUGGUGAAAUAAUUACACCAAAUAUAUUCACACAAUAUGGACUCUCAAACGAGGAUCUCUUGAAACCACUUUCAAAGCAAAAAGUUCUUUCAAUUCUCGAAAAAAUUGAAGAAAUUCCAAAAGAAAAACUGGAAUCUAUUUGGGAUGAAGGUCUUAAAGUGGAUGGAACCGACGGUGUUUGUAUCUCAGCAAUUAAAAGUCUUUUAGAUACAUUUAUCGCAGAAAUGGAUAUAAAUAUUUAAUUGUAAUUCCAUAAA